AGAAGAUCCGCAGUGUGGGGAAAUUAUCCUGCGGGCGGAAAAGCCAUUUAAUUCAAUUACUGAGCUCGAACUUCACCACCUCCCCAAGAGUUCAGCCACGUAUAAACACCCACUCCGACCAACUAUUUCACUCCCCUCCGACUCUGCACAAUUUUGCAACAUAAACAUUCCUUGAUUAAAGCUGGACCCUCAUUUUGUUUGAUUCUCCCUCCCCGUUCUCUCUAUCUAGGGAAAACAAAAACAUGUACCGCCAGUCCUUCGCUCCGCCGCCAGCACAGUCACCUCCGCUUCAUCAUCCGGUUCCUCAGCAUGUUUCCACCGUCCCUAUGAUGCGCUCUCCUCCCCCUCCAACAUCUCAACAGUCUCAGACGUCUGGCUAUGGUAGCAACCCAUAUCAGCCCGCUCCGGCGCAAGGCGGCAGUGGGACAUACGCCCCUGGAUUUGGAGGUUUCAUCAACGAUCCCACUGCGCAAAUGGGAUUUCAGGUCGGGAAGACCGCUAUGAUGGCCGGCCAAGAAUAUAUGGAACAGAAUCUCAACCGCUACGUUUCCAUUCCCGCCCUGAAGCACUAUUUCAAUGUGUCCAACUCUUAUGUAUUGAAUAAACUCGCUCUGGUACUCUUUCCUUGGAGGCACAAACCUUGGUCUCGUCAGCAAAGCCGCGUCACGGCGGCAUCCACUGGCCCCAAUGGUCAGAUCUCCCAUCAGCAAUACUCGACCAUGUUCCUGCCCCCUCGCGAUGACCUGAACUCGCCCGAUAUGUAUAUUCCGGUGAUGGCUCUCGUCACAUAUAUCCUCCUAUCGGCAAUGCUGGCAGGGUUUAGAGGCAACUUCCACCCCGAACUGCUUGGUUCGAUCACGACCACAGCUAUUGCGGUCAUCGUAUUCGAGAUACUUUGUCUAAAGCUGGCCACGUAUAUUCUUAGCAUCAACAAUGAGUCGCAGCUACUGGAUCUCGUAGCUUACUCAGGCUAUAAAUUUGUGGGAAUCAUCAUUACCUUGGUGACGUCGGAGAUUCUGACUCCGGGAAGAGGCACUGGUGGUUGGGUCGGCUGGGUUGUGUUCAUUUACACGUUCCUGGCUAAUGCGUUCUUCUUGCUUCGUUCUUUGAAAUACGUCCUCCUUCCAGACUCGGCGAGUGAUGCACGCACGGGAUCGAUGCACACCGUCGCCCGGUCGCAACGCAACCGUCGCACCCAAUUUUUGUUCAUCUAUUCUUAUGUUAUUCAGUUUAUCUUCAUGUGGGUGCUGAGCCGAGAGGGCCCAACUGCUUCGAACGUAGCUGGGUCAGCGUCGUAAUUGAGCUAUUGGACCCCACUGGAUUUGCGAAUUACGAGAGACGCCCUCACGAAGAAACAGAUAUGACAUACAUCGGUGAGAAAAUCGACUCCUGUGGGUGACUUUCGUUACGCAUGCUAUGUAAAGAUGUUAGAUAAUUCCAGCUGUGUUAUUUCAUGUUUCAGCAUAGGAGCGAAUUU